UUAAAGCAAUGCAAUUCACGAUGGGCUUUUCUUUUGCUACGAGUUGAGAAUUAAGAGUUCAAAAUAAACAUAAUAAUUGCCAAAACAUGUAACAACAGUCAAACAUUUCGUACAGCAUUUGUGACGUAUUAAAGACACCUGUUGAGAAAUCGGUCUUGGUUUUGCGCUUUGUUAUCACUUGUACCGAUAAAUGAGUGUACUUGAUCUAGCUCAGAUAUCACUCGUUGCACAAGUUCCUAAAUGUUCGUUGUAGCAGCAGCCAUUUUCGACGUCCAUCCGCAAACACCUGCCGACGAGAGGAAACAAUUCAUUAGUGGCACACUUAUUUUGUCAUAAACACAAUCGACAUGGCUACCGACCCAUCGAGAUCGUAUGAUGGUUCAGCUCCACUAGGACAAGGCGGCUACGGCUCGGUUUUUCUUGGUGAAUUCGAGGGCCGUAAAGCGGCUGUAAAAAGAGUCGAAGUGUUUCGUAUUGGUAACGACAACGAGGAAAAAGCUCUGAAACAAUUAGAUCAUCCGAAUAUCGUGAAACUCUUUUACUCUGAAAAAGACAACAAUUUCAAGUACUUUUAUUUGGAACUCUGUGAUGCUUCGUUAGACCAAGUGUUUCUACGUCCAGACAACCCUAAAAAAUACAAAGGGCCUCCAUUGCCACGUUAUACUGACGUUUUUCGUCAAUUAGCUUUAGGACUGGAACACAUCCAUUCAAAGAAUUUAAUUCAUCGAGAUAUUAAACCGGAAAAUGUUCUCAUUUCCGUCCGUUCUAAUGACCAAGUCAAUGAUAUAACAAUCAAAUGGGCCGAUUUUGGACUAUCGAAAUCCGUAAACGAACGUGGGACGUGCACCCUGAGUGGAGUAAAAGGAACCAAAAAUUGGUUCGCCCCUGAGCUGCUAAAAUUGCUCCUAGAUGGACGAAAAACAAUCGAGGCUCGAGGUUCAGUCAAGAGCGAUGUGUUUUCUCUGGGUCUUGUCUUCGGUUACCUUUUGCUGGACGGGAAACAUCUCUACGGUUCCAAUGAAUUUCAGAUAAAGAAAAACAUCAUAAAAAAACAAAUGCCGAUGGACGUGCUAGAAAAACUGAAAGAGUGUUGCGGCGAUGAAAUACUUGGACUUAUGUUAAAAGACGACCCUAAUGAAAGAAUAACAUCGACGAACAUCGUCCUUGGGCUAAAACUAAUGGAAGAUAAGUUGUCUUCAAAAGUAAGAGAAUUAAUCCAAAAAUCUUCGCCUGACCUAAUAGAGAGAAUCAAACACUUCAGUCGCCUUGGAUUCGAUGUCAAUGCAAAGGACGAAUAUGGAAGGAAUGCGCUCCAUCAUUUGUGUGAAUACAAUUCAAACUCGAAUUUAAUCGACGCAAUUCGACUCUUAAUCCAACUGGAAAUUGACGUAAAUGCAAAGGACUUCAGGGGAUGGAAUGCGCUCCAUUAUUUGUGUUGGAAAAAUUCAAACUCGAAUUUAAUCGACGCAAUUCAACUCUUAAUCCGCAAGGGAAUUGAUUUCAAUGCAAAGAGCGACGAUGGACAGAAUGCGCUCCAUUAUUUGUGUGGAAACAAUUCAAACUCGAAUUUAAUCGACGGAAUUCGACUCUUAAUCCAACUGGGAAUUGAUGUCAAUGCAAAGGACAAAUAUGGAAGGAAUGCGCUCCAUCAUUUGUGUCGAUACAAUUCAAACUCGAAUUUACUCGACGCAAUUCGACUCUUAAUCCACCUGGGAAUUGAUGUCAAUGCAAAGGACAACGGUGGAUGGAAUGCGCUCCAUUUAUUGUGUCGAUUCAAUUCAAACUCGAAUUUAAUCGAUGCAAUUCAACUCUUAAUCCGCGAGGGAAUUUAUGUCAAUGCAAAGGACAAAGGUGGAUGGAAUGCGCUCCAUCAUUUGUGUGGAUUCCAUUCAAACCCGAAUUUAAUCGACGCAAUUCGACUCUUCAUCCAACUGGGAAUUCCUGUCGUAUCCGACGGCAACGAUGCGCGCUCUAUUUUAUGCUGGCAUUAUGAAAUAAAAAACAAGGACGAAAUCCUAAAACUACUGGACGAAGCAGCUCUCGGUUCUGGGCAAUGCAAUGCGCUUAGCCGACGGUGAAAUAAAAAUAAGGCGAUUGUCUCAUACUCGAAAUCUUUAACCACUAAAAUAGUCAAAUUUCUCGCUUUCUCGGCUGUUACACACCGACUGAUUGACUUUUCCUUUCAAAAAUACAAAAAUGUGACUGAA